AUGCCGAAGACACACCUCCCGGCGCACAUGGACUCGGUGCGGCAGAAGAUGCGCCCGAAGCACCAACUGCUCAUCCUCAAGUGUUACCCGCGUUUGCCAAAGAACAGCGCCGCGGAUGUCAAGCCCAAUGGGUCUGAACUGAGCUACCUUCUCUACUACGCCAGCACGCGUCGCAGCAAGCUGCCCAAGAUCGGCGCGUACCUGGAAAAGAAGACCGCGCGCGAUGUCUACUACGCGCAGUCCGCCCGCGUCAUGGUCACACUGCAGAUCAUGGCCGCCAUUCUCGACAGUAAGGUUGUCGGGCAAGCAUCCGGCCUCGCUCUCAUCGCACCCUACAUCAUGCGCAUCAUCAGCGACAUUCUGAAGAACACCAAUGACAUCAGCCUCAUUGAGGCAAGCAUUCACACGUGGAGCGUCUUCUGCAUCCACCAAGACCAGCGUAUCCUGGCUGCGGACCAUGAGUACCGCGAUUCCUACGAGAAGGUUGUUGGCCAGUAUGCCGCCUUCGCCCAGAAGUCCGGUGCAAAGAAGCUCGGCACUGCAACCUCGCCCGUUGCGGCUCAUGACGCCAUUCGACUCCGCCAAACCGGACUCCAUGCCAUCAAAAGCGUGUUGACGUCUGACGCUCUUGCCUUCGAAAGCGGCCGAAAGCUGCUCGCCGUCACCAUACCUGCCAUCCUUAGCAACAUUCGCGGCGACGAUGGAGCGUCGCUUGAGCACCUCGUGCGCUUGAGCAGAAAGAAUGCGAGUGAAGAAAGGGACAAGGCCAUGACCCGUAGGCAGAGCUUGGCUACCACCCGCACCUUCACUGGCGAGGUCCCAACCCUUGCCGAAGCGGACCCUCGCGCCGCAGAAGGCACCACACAGGAUGCGGAUGCUCUGGCCGAAGAAGAGGUCGCACUUGUCGCACUCGACUCGCUCAAGGCAGUCUUCAGUAGUGACAAUCGCGCACAAAUCCGUGCGGCCACUGCUGCGCUCUUGAGCUAUCUGAGCGAGCUGCAAUACUACCAACGCCCUGAUCUGGCGGGCAGCGAAUAUGCUGUCGACAGCUGGUCGCUCAAAGUCUUCGAGCUAUGCACGGCUUGGACACCUGUGCAGGACCGCUUCAUUCUGCUGGUCACCGCGGUUGAGAAGCUCACACAUCUGCCGCUCAAGGAGCGCGACAUGAUACAGCAUGUUCUUCAUGCGAGUUUGAUCGACACAAUCCUGCGAUCAGAUCUGAACCUCAUCGGCCUUUCGGUCAUGGACGUGCUGCUUGGCCUCAUCCAGCACACGCUCCGUAUCCUGCAGUACCACGUGCCGCCAGACACCAUGACCUCGCAAGUCGGAUCAAGCAACGAAGACUUUCACCCCUCGACAUCAAGUGGCUCAGCGCCGCAGCCGUCUCCACAGCGCAUACAGCUGCUGUGGAUGCUCAAGGCCUGCAUUGCAGACUUAGCGACCCAUGUCUACUACACCGACCAGAUCUCAGACAUGAUCUCAGCCAUCUUGUUACGGCUAAAGCCGAACGCAUCACCGACCGUUCCGCAGAACCCUCUUGCCACAGCUGCGGCGAUAGAGGAACCGAAAUCUGCUGUCAACGACCUCGCAUCAAACGCCAGCUUAGCGCCUCGCGAGCGAACGACCAGCACCGGCGGCUUCUUCAACUUCGAUAUUGCGCGUCAAACUGCGCUCGAAGCGGUCAAGAGCAUCAUGACUGUUGCACACUCGUCUCGUGCACGUACCGCCAAGGGCGUCGCAGACAGCCGCAAUCCCGUGCACAUCUCGAUCUGGGAAGGGACACAAUGGUUGCUUCGUGAUCCUUGCGUUGAGGUUCGUAUGGCCUAUGCCGAGGCUCUGGUGACAUGGUUAGAGCUCGAGACGAAGAAGAGCGACUUCCGCAUUGAGAAGCCAGCCUCGCCACCAAGAAAAGCGCGGGAUCCUUCUGGCACAAUCGCUCGGCGCGCCGCAAGCAAUGCUUCGGCGACCAAAGACCGGGCGCAAAACAGUCUGAAGAAGACAUCAUCAUCGCAAACAUUCCUACAACUUCUUCAUCUCGCUAACUUCGAGAACGUGCUGCAAUUCGCUGCGACAUCCAAACGAGACAUUCUUAUGCAAUCAACCCUGCUAGCGACACUGCUCGAACGGCUGGGCCUGAACGCCUUGGCUAACGGCCUACCCAUGAUUUUUGCGCUGCAAGAUGAAAUACCAGGCAUCGAUUCGCCUAUUGGGAAAGUUCGCGUUGGGACUCUGGUGCAUGGGUAUCUAUGGGCCGUGGUCGAGACUUUCGACUGUCAAGGGGAUGUCGCUGGAAAGGCGGUAAUGCAAGAAAUUGCAAGGAGACAGGGUCACUCCAUCUGGGUGAAGGAAGUGGAAUAUCCGCCGCUCAAGCUGCCCAUCAUCUGGGAGCAGACGACGGAGGAGGACGAGAAGGCGGACACACUAAGUCAGGACACGGUGCUCCAUAACGAGCUGAAGCCGUUCGACGACAGGGAGCGACUGGUCGAUACAGUGCUUGAGCAUUAUCAGACAUCGGUCGUCAGCCCAGCACCUUCAGCGCCAGGAUCACCCGGCAGAAGUUUCACCCUGCCGACCUCGCUCGAUCGCACAGCGAGUAGCUACUUGACAGCCAAGGCGCUGGUGGACCCGAGUCUGUUGGGCAGGGCGAGGGAGGCAAUGGUGGCGAAGUGGAGUCGGGAGCAAUGUCUAGCCGCCAUUGCAUCGCUGGCGCCCAGAAGCAUAAGCCUGAACGAGAGUGUGAACGAGGAGGCAUUAGGACGUGCUGCUGCGAACGCCGCCACCGCCAAUGUCAUAGCAGCAGCCGCCGGUAACCACCGACAACUUCUUACUGCGGUCCACUCAGGAGCUGCGCGGAACGGCAAUGGCGGCCUCGGUACACCUGCGAAGACGCUGAGUGGAAGGCCAAGGCAGCCUGCGAUGGGUGCCAUCUCCAACCUGCAAACAGACGACCAGUACCGGCGCGUGAGCGCAGGCUCAGAACGAGCAAACAGCCUCGCCGCUGCACGUGCGCCUCUUAGGGUGGAGGAGCUUAAGAGGGUCUUGGCUGAUGGAGGUUUCACGGUUCUUGGUGGAGGGGUACCAUCGACAAAGAAGGUGUCGUUCGACGCUGGCGACGACACUGCGAGUGACAGCAUGGUGGAGGAUGGAGAUAUGGUCAGCGACGACGGCUACACGCCUGCCACGUUGCUAGGCAAGCCGAAGGGAGGUGUGAGGGAGGUCAGUCUGAUAUUGGAAGGCAUUAAGGUUGGAGAUGGCGGACAAAGGAGAGUCUGGUCCGCAAGACCGCCUUACUGA